UUACACACAAAUUAACGUUACAAACGCUAAUUAUCGGACGCUUGGACGAGUGGGCAUCAUUGCUAGCAUUCUGCGGUCAAGAAGAGCGGCUACGUAGACAAGCAUGAGCAAGAUCGCGCAGGCCUCUAAGGUGGCAUGGCACGUGGUGGAUGCCAAGGGUCAGGUGCUGGGCCGCCUGGCAUCGCAGCUGGCGCCCAUUCUGCGCGGCAAGCACAAGCCCACGUACGCUCCUAACGUCGACUGCGGCGACUACGUGGUGGUGAUUAACGCCAAGGACAUUGUGCUCACUGGCAACAAGUGGAACAAUAAGUUAUAUCGCUGGCACACUGGCCACCCGGGUGGCCUCAAGCAGCGCACGGCCAAGGAGUUGUUUGAGCGCAAGCCCGAGGAGGUACUGCGCAAGGCCGUGUAUGGUAUGCUGCCGCGCAACCGCAUGCGCGCGCUGCAGGACAAGAAGCUCAAGAUCUUCAUGGGCGAGGAACACGACUUUGUCAAGGAAGUGGGCGAGAACCCCGUCAUCUACUAAGAUAUAGAGACAGGAGAGAAGGUGGUGAGGGAGGAAUACACGACUGUAUUGUGGACCUGCUUGGUAUGUGUUUAUGCUGCUAAUUCUGUGGAUGUAGGCACGUUGUCUGUGGUUUCUUGCUGCUGUAGAAGCUCACGUUCUUGCUCUUGUAGCUCAAGUUGUUGUCGAGCUUCUUCUUGUUGGAACUGAUGAAGCAGGUCGUCGCGAGUGCUCAUGGCCGUGAGUAGACCUUCAAUAUCGACGAACCCGGACUGCUUCAUUGUGAAGUUUGCAGCGAUCUGUCAUGGAAAACAAGCAGGAAGUACGAGUUAGUGAUCAUUCUAGAUAUGGUGCUAGUAUUGCGGCUAUUACCUCUGCGAUAAUGUGUGCGGGACAUCGUCGCCAAACGUCAGGAAGUGCAUCGGGUAGAGAUGUCAGAGCUGUCAUCGUCUCCACUACAGUGAUGAGAGGGACGAGUCCAGAGUUAUCGACGGUCUGAGAGGUCAAUGCUACAUGAAGGCUCUCGCAUUGGCGAGGGUUGGGAAGCAGCUCGUGGGAUUCUUCAAUAAUGGGAGGUGUAUCCGGAGAAGCUUGAGAUAGCAAUCGUCUACCUUUAUCGACACGCACCAGCGUAUCUUCGCGCAACUGCACAGUUGUUGGGAACCUCUCGAUGAACUCAGGCUUCCGGCGCAACAAGGAACAAACAAUUAGCC